AUGUACAUACUUUUGCUGCUGUGCUGCCUCUGUGCGGCGCGGCGGCGCGGCGCGGCGGCCGUUGUGCGGUACGACACGCAGACCGUGCGUGCGGAGGAUGUGCCCGGCCUCCCUGCCGAUCACUGGGCGCAGUACGACGAGGCCGCCUUCGAGCGCGGGCGCGGCUCCUUCGUCGCCGGCUACAACGACGCGCCGUACUUUGAGGCGCUCAACAUCUCCUCGCCGUUCUUCAGCCGUGACUCCGUGCGGUGGCACGUGUCGUCGGACGGCUUUCUCGCGCCGACGCCGGCGCCGCUGUGCGGCUUCUUCUGCUCGGACGCGGCGCCGGACACGCUCUUCGGGGACUACGAGUUCGGCAGCGCGAUCUACGGCGGCGGCGGCGACUGGCCGAUGAUAGGGCUGUACGUGGCGGACUUGAACCCCCCGGCGGCGCGGCUGUCACCGAGUGUCCGGGUGCACGGCGUGGGGGGCGCCGGCGGCGACGCGGGGCACGAGCGGGUGACGGUGGAGUACCGCGACGUGCCGCUGACUGCGUGCGGGGCGGCGGCGGAGACGCUGACGGCGCAGGUGGCGGUGUGGGCCAACGGCACGAUCGUGAUGCGGUACCGCCGGGUCCCCGCGUGCGGCAGCGCCUCGGUGGGCCUCGUGCUGUCGAAGCGCGAGCGUGUCGUCGCGACCUCCUCGCCGCGUCCGGUCGGCAUCGCGGCGAUUCGGUACGAGCCUGUCGCGGACUUGUGCGCCACGGCCGUGGGCGAACCCGCCUGCGCCGCUGCGGGGCGGGCGUGCGUGUGGUGCGCGGCGACGGCGGAGUGCGUGGCGGCGUCGCUCGCCGGCAGCCGCUGCCCGCACGGGGGCUUUCGAGCGGCGUCGGUGAGCGACGAGUUUUACGCGGUGGCUGUGGGGCAGGGCGCCGAGCUCGUCGACCUCGCCGCGCUGGGCGGGCACGUGCGGGCGGCGCCGGCCGGGCAGUCGCUGCGGCUGGAGCUGGGGUUCGACUUCCCCUUCUUCACGAGGGACCAGGCGUCGCACAGGACGAACACGACGCACCUGCUGUCGGCGGGCCUCAUUUCUGUCUUUUCCCCGACGCAGCGGUGCGGGCCGAUUUGGAACGUGUGCCCCGACGGCAACUACACCUUCGCCGUCGCGCCGUUCGCCACGGCGGGGCUGUGGGGGCCGGGGACGUCCAUCACGUACGCGCGCCUCCCCGAGCGCAGCGGGGCGGGCGUCCUCUGCCAGCGGCCGCCGUGCCCCCCGGGGUUUGUGGUGGAGGUGGCCAACGCCUCCUCCUUCGCCUCCUUCGCUCGCUCCGCGACGUACCAGGUCUACCUCGACGCGGGCGGCGCGGUGGAGUUCCGCUACGGCCUGCCGGUUGCGGCGGCGGUGGCGAGCGCCCCCGCGUUGGACUUCUUCGCGUUCCCGCCGCCGUUUGUUGGCCUCUUCCGGUACCGCGUGGAGGACGCGGCCACGGUGAUGGUGCCGCCGUCGCUGAUUCGCACCGGCACGCGGAUCCGCUUUGACCCCACGAGGAGGUGCAACGACUGCGGGCGCGGCGGCACGUGCGACCCCGCGAGUUCGCGGUGCGUGUGCGCCGCCGGGUUCAGCGGUGCCGCGUGCGAGCUGUGCGCUGCGGGGAGCUACGGCCCGGGGUGCCGCCCGUGCCGCCGCUGCGUGAACGGGGGCGAGUGCGACGAGGGCGUGAACGGGACAGGUGCCUGCCGGUGCCCGGAGCCGUUCAGCGGGGCGGAGUGCGAGGUGCGGUGCGAGGGGCCGUUCGACUGCGGCCACUGCAACCGCCGCGGCGGGUACUGCGAGUGCGGGGUGUGCCGCUGCGACGCGGCGGCGGGGUGGGGCGGGGCGAACUGCGACGUGCUCAACGACCCCUGCUGGCGCCACUCGCUCGACGGCUGCGAGGUGUGCGGCAGGGACGCGUGGAACGGGUGCGCCUUUUGCUUCGACGGCAUGUGCCACUCCACCCGCCUCCGCGGCACCCCGAACGGGUACGCGUGCUCGUACACCACGCCGGCAGAGGACGGGGCCCGCUGCGUCCCGGUGGCGCAGGCGGACGCGCGCCAGUUCGACGCGGGCUACGCCGCGGUGGCGGGUCUGGGCGCUGCCGCGGUGAUCUCAGUGGUGGCGCUGCUGGUGCUUGCGCCCAUCGCGGUGCGGAGGCGGGAGGUGUACGACAUACUGCAUGCGGGUGCCGCCGGCGGUGCGCCCGAUCACCGACGCGGGCGCCGUCGGCGCGAGGUGGUGCAGGCCGUCUUUGUGCAGCAGGCGGCGCUGAGGGGCGGGCGCAGGCACGUGCUCGGCGUCCCGCUGAGGCAGGUGCCGCUGGCGAAGCUGCACGAGAGCCAGCGGGCCGGCCUCUCGUAG